UGUGUGUUGCUUGAAUUUCCAGCAUCUGCAGAAUUCCUGUUGUUUACCACCUCCCGUUCGCUGUCUUCUCCGUCAGACCCUGCCAUCUCACCACCCCCACUUUCUGCUCGAGAGCAACUCCCAACUGCAGGUUCAAUCCUUUGCUCCAAACCGAAACAUUCAACCAAGAGCUCCAAAGCUACUUUGCUUGGUGCCGAAGGUAUAAUUUCCGGCCGUCCAUAUUGAGAAGGUAACGCUGGCGUUUGGGAUGGCCAUGUCGUUAAGGGAAAUUACCCCAUUGUUUUGAUGAUGUCACAUUGACGUCAGUAUGUUUUUACGGAUCUCGCGAGAAGAGGGUAGCCGGCGAUGGAGACGGGCGGCGGGCCGCUGCCUGUCGGGCCCGGACCUGGGUUAGGUACCACAGCCGUGACUGCGACCACACCCCCUGCUAACAACAGCUUUGGCAAACCCAGGGCCUUGCCUAAAGGUCGCGAGUUUUUCAGGAACCAGAGGAAAGAUUCGGAGGGUUUUUCUGAGUCACCAGACCUUGAGUUUGAAUAUUCUGACAGUGACAAAUGGACAGCUGAGCUUUCAGAAUUGUACAGCUAUACAGAGGGUCCUGAGCUUCAACUGAAUAGAAAAUGCUUUGAGGAUGAAUUCAAGACUCAUGUGAAAGAUAAGAAAUGGACAGAAGUGGAUUUCUCAGAGCAUCAGGCUCAUGCUAUGCGAUUACUGGAUGGCUUGGAGGUAACUGCCAGAGAGAAGAGACUGAAAGUGGCUCGUGCCAUUCUGUAUAUGGCACAAGGUACCUUUGGUGAAUGUAACUCUGAGGGAGAAGUCCAGCAGUGGAUGAGAUAUAAUGUAUUUCUGUUGCUCGAAGUUGGCACCUUUACUGCAUUGGUGGAGCUUCUCAGUAUGGAGAUUGACAACAGUGCUGCAUGUAGUAAUGCAGUGAGGAAGCCAGCAAUCUCUCUGGCUGACAGUACAGAUCUCAGAGUGCUGCUGAACAUUAUGUAUCUGAUGGUGGAAACAAUCCGUCAGGAAGUGGAUGAGGAUAGUCCAGAAUGGAGGGCAAUGAGGGAGACCUUCAGAACAGACCUAGGUGUAUCCUUGUAUAACAACGAGCCGUUUUCAGUUAUGUUGUUUGGAAUGGUAACCAAGUUCUGCAGUGGCCAUGCUCCCCACUUCCCUAUGAAGAAGGUUCUGUUGCUGCUUUGGAAAACCGUAUUGUUGUCUUUGGGAGGCUUUGAAGACUUGCAGGUUCUUAAAGUGAAGAAACGUGAAACACUUGGUCUCCCACCACUUCCUGAAGACAGCAUCAAAGUUAUCCGUAAUAUGAGAGCUGCCUCACCACCAGCAUCUGCCUCAGACCUAAUAGAACAGCAGCAGAAACGAGCCCGUAGAGAGCACAAGGCACUUAUGAAGCAAGAUAAUUUGGAUGCUUAUAAUGAGAAGGACCCAUACAAAACUGAAGACCCCCGUGAGGAUGAUGAUGAGAAUGACGAUAAUGAUAACUCACUUGAAACAGAAACAUUUCCUUUGGAAAGGGAAGAGGUUCUACCACCACCAAUUCCUCACCCAACCUGUGAGCGUUUAUCACUUCCCAAGGGAUUGCCUUGGGCACCUAAAGUGAGAGAAAAAGACAUUGAAACUUUUCUAGAAUCCAGCAGAAGUAAAUUCAUCGGUUAUACAUUAGGAAGUGAUACUGAUACUGUGGUUGGAUUACCACGACCCAUCCAUGAAAGUAUCAAAACCCUUAAACAGCAUAAGUACAUUGCAAUUGCUGAAGUCCAGAUCAAGAAAGAAGAGGAAUAUCUGAAAAAGCCACUUUCUGCGGGAGAUGAGGAAUUUGACCUGACACCAGCUGAAGUUCUUUAUCAGGGUAUAUUGCCCAGUUUGCCUCAAUACAUGAUUGCCUUACUGAAGAUUCUUUUGGCUGCAGCUCCAACCUCAAAAGCCAAGACUGACUCAAUCAACAUUCUUGCUGAUGUCCUACCAGAAGAAAUGCCUACCACAGUGCUACAGAGUAUGAAGCUGGGAGUAGAUGUCAACAGACACAAAGAGAUCAUUGUGAAAGCAAUUUCUGCUGUCCUAUUACUUCUGCUUAAGCACUUCAAACUCAACCACAUCUAUCAGUUUGAGUACAUGGCACAGCAUCUGGUUUUUGCGAACUGCAUCCCGCUUAUUUUGAAGUUCUUCAAUCAGAAUAUUAUGUCCUACAUUACAGCGAAGAACAGUAUUUCUGUGUUGGAUUUUCCCUACUGUGUUGUACAUGAACUACCUGAACUGACUGCAGAGAGCUUGGAAGCAGGUGAUAACAACCAGUUCUGCUGGCGGAACCUCUUUUCUUGUAUUAACCUUCUUCGAAUUCUCAAUAAGUUGACCAAAUGGAAACAUUCCAGGACCAUGAUGCUUGUCGUUUUUAAGUCAGCCCCAAUACUGAAACGAGCACUCAAGGUCAAACAAGCCAUGAUGCAGUUGUAUGUCCUGAAGCUACUGAAAGUGCAAACCAAAUACCUGGGGCGCCAGUGGCGGAAGAGCAACAUGAAGACGAUGUCUGCAAUUUAUCAAAAGGUGCGCCACCGACUGAAUGAUGACUGGGCUUAUGGAAAUGAUCUUGAUGCCCGUCCGUGGGAUUUUCAAGCAGAGGAAUGUGCAUUGAGAGCCAACAUCGAACGGUUUAACAGUCGCAGAUAUGACAAAAACCCAAGCAACCCUGAUUUUGCCCCAGUGGAUAACUGUUUACAGAGCGUCCUGGGGCAACAGCUCGUAUUACCAGAAGAAUUCCAAAUGAACUAUGAUCUUUGGCUUGAAAGAGAAGUUUUCUCAAAGCCAAUCAGCUGGGAAGAGCUUUUGCAUAAAAGAACAUACAAAAACUCCUCACCAAGAACAAAGUUUUAAGAAAACCUCCUUUGGAAAUGCAGAAGGUAUUGGACUACAGAUGAAGGGUAUCAGCUGGAAGCAUCCACUGUGUUUCCCUCCAUAGAUGCUGCCUGACCUGCAAAGUUCCAGCAGCAUUUUGUGUGUUGCCUCUGCGUAAUAAUGUUAUAAUUGGCCUUUAUCCAGUUUAACAAUUUCCUCUGAUAUCAAAUCAUAUCCACAUGAAGGAUAGAUCGUUUAAACGUGGAAGUUUAACUUCCGUAGAUUGGAAUAAAUGGACUGAAAAGCAGUGAAUUUCUGGAAUAUCUGUGUAAUUUUCUGUAACAAUAAAUCCUUGGACCACAAGAGGGCAGACCAUAAUUUGUAAUGGAUAAUUGACCAGAUUUAUUCUAAAGACAUAGGAACAUUUAGCUAAUACUAGUCACGAUGUAGUUGAGUUCACUGAGCUGUUUGGAAGGAAGAAACAACAAAAUUUCAUUCAAGUAUUUUCUGUGCUAUGGGAUGUUGGCCCAUACUAAACCAGACAAAUCUGACAGUAAUGUGAAAUUAAGUCAGUUGAAGGUGUUCAUAAUAUCAUUUAAUGUGAUGUGAAACUGCUGCCUCCAAGGGGUUAGAGCAUUAAGGAAUACAUAAAAUUAAAGAAAUGUGUACUGUAUUUAAAUUCCAGCAAGCAUUUGAGAAGAUGCCUAUAUAAAGGGUUAUUCUGGGGGAAAAAAAAUUAACUCAUGCUGGAAGUUGUGUAGUGGCAGGGUAAAGAGGAUUGGCUGUCUAACUGGGAAACAAAAUCAGGCAUAAAUGGAUUUUUUUUCUGGUUGUCAGGUUUUGCAGGGAUCAAUACUGGGAUCUCGAUUUUUUUUUUCCCCCUCAAAUGAUAUGACUGAUUUUGAUGAAGACAUCAAAGAUGUGAAAGGAUCUUGGCAAUUGUAGGGGUGACCUACAGCAGACUGAAAAGCUUGAGCAUAUAGAUACUAAGAAAGAGGAUGUGCUGGAGCUUUUGGAAAGCAUCAAGUUGGAUAAGUCACCGGGACCGGACGAGAUGAACCGAAUGCUAUUGUGGGAGGUGAGAGAGGAAAUUGCUGUGCCUCUGGUGAUGAUCUUUGCAUCAUCAAUGGGGACGGGAGAGGUCCCGGAGGAUUGGAGGGUUGUGGAUGUUGCUCCCUUAUUCAAGAAAGGGAGUAGAGAUAGCCCAGGAAAUUAUAGACCAGUGAAUCUUACUUCAGUGGUUGGUAAGUUGAUGGUAAAGAUCCUGAGAGGCAGGAUUUAUGAACAUUUGGAGUGGCAUAAUAUGAUUAGGAAUAGUCAGCAUAGCUUUGUCAAACGCAGGUUGUGCCUUACGAGCCUGAUUGAAUUUUUUGAGGAUGUGACUAAACACAUUGAUGGAGGUAGUGCUAUAGAUGUAGUGGAUAUGGAUUUCAGCAAGGCAUUUGAUAAGGUACCCAUGCUAGGCUUAUUGAGAAAAUAAGGAGGCAUGGGAUGCAAGGGGACUUUGCUUUGUGGAUCCAGAACUGGCUUGCCCACAGAAGGCAAAGAGUGGUUGUAGAUGGGUCAUAUUCUGCAUGGAAGUCAGUGACCACUGGUGUACCUCAGGGAUCUGUUCUGGGACCCCUACUCUUGGUGAAUUUUAUAAAUGACCUGGAUGAGGAAAAGGAGGGAUGGGUUAGUAAAUUUGCUGAUGACACAAAGGUUGGGGGUGUUGUGGAUAGUGUGGAGGGCUGUCAGAUGUUACAUUGAUAGGAUGAAAAACUGGGCUGAGAAGUGGCAGAUGGACCUGAUAGAGGUGUAUAAGAUGAGAGGCAUUGACCGUGUGGAUAGUCAAAGGCUUUUUCCCAGGGCUGAAAUGGCUAGCAUGAGAGGGCACAGUUUUAAGGUUCUUGGAAGCAGGUACAGAGGAGAUGUCAGAGUUGCGUUUUUUUACGCAGAGAGUGGUGAGUGCGUGGGAUGGGCUGCCAGCGACAGUGGUGGAGGCGGAUAUGAUAGGGUCUUUUAAGAGACUCCUGGAUAGGUACAUGGAGCUUAGAAAAACAGAGUGCUAUGGGUAACCCUAGGUAAUUUCUAAGGUAAGGACAUGUUCAGCACAGCUUUGUGGACCAAAGGGCCUGUAUUGUUUUCUAUGUUUCUAUAUAGUUGCUAAAUUUAGAAUCAUAUUAGUGUACAGUACAGAAAUUGGUCCUUUUGGCCCACCUUAUCCAUGCCAAUUAUAAAGCCUAUUUCCUCUAAUCUCAAUUGCCUCAUGAGGACUGUAUCCCUUUAUGCCUUUCCUGUCCAAAUGCCUUUGAAAUGUUAUAAUUGUAUCUGCCCGUACCAUGUCCUCUGACAGUUUGUUUCAGACCUUUUGUGUGAAAAACCUACUACUCUAAGGCUACGUCCUCACUACGCCAGAUAAUCUUGAAAACGCUGGUUUCGAGUAAAAAUUAGGCGUACACACUAAGCGUUUUUCAAAAUAUCUCUGUCCACACUAACACGGAUAUUUGGGCAAAUCUCCUCUACUGGGCACACGCAGGACACACAGAAAACAAGCGAAGAGGAAACGGUAUACUUAGUGCGUGUUUGUCCAGUUACGGAGUAGAAAAACUUAAAAGGAAUUGCUCUUGGCUCUCGCGCAUGACUUAAAACAAAAAAAAAACAAAUACUGGAGCAUAUGGAGGCAACCGACAGCGAGUUCACGGACAGUAUGACCUGGCUGACGAGGAACAUUGUAAAACUGCCUAACUCUGUUGCAUUAA